CACGUGUCCCCAUAUUACCGGAACCCACAUAGGCCCUUCCCACACUGGAUCCAAACCUCCAUAUAAAUUCCACCGUACGUCAACCCACCAUUGCAGAAAGCCAGAAACCAACUUUACAAUAAUAAUUUCAGUGGACUCUUCUUUAAGUUUUGCCCCCGAAUAAACACACUCUGUGUGUGUGUGUUUUUCAAUCAAAUGGGAUCAUCAUGGAAUUCAACAGAGAUGGAGGUUAUUUCGAGCGUAUUCGGCUGGAUUGCGUUUUUUUCUUGGUCGAUCAGCUUCUAUCCACAGGUUAUUUUGAAUUUCAAACGAAAAAGUGUUGUAGGGUUGAAUUUCGAUUUUGUGGUGCUGAAUUUGACCAAACAUUCGUCGUAUUUGAUAUAUAACGCUUCUGUGUUCUUUAGCGACGCUGUUCAGCGUCAGUAUCACGAGAAAUAUGGAUUUAAUGAGAUGAUACCUGUGGCAGCGAAUGAUGUAGCUUUCUCGAUCCAUGCGGUUGUGCUAACUGCAUUUACCUUAUUUCAGAUAGCCAUCUAUGAUCGUGGAGGUCAAAAGGUGUCCAAGACUAGUAUUUCUAUACUCUCGGUAGCCUGGUUAACUGUUAUUAUCUGCGUGUUCGUAGCCAUACCUAAUCAUUCUUGGCUUUGGUUGGUUUCCUGCUUUAGCACAUUACAGGUUGUCAUGACGGUAAUCAAGUAUAUACCUCAAGCUGUUAUGAACUUCCAAAGGAAGAGCACAGUUGGAUUUAGCAUUGGCAACAUAUUGCUUGAUCUGGGUGGAGGAUUAGCAAAUUAUGGACAAAUGGCUGUCCAAUCUAUAGAUCAAAAUUCAUGGGUGAACUUCUAUGGGAAUAUAGGCAAGACGUUGCUUUCUUUGGUGUCUAUCUUCUUUGACCUCCUGUUCAUCUUGCAACAUUAUGUGCUCUACCCUGCUCGAAAGACUGUGAAAUCACUGAGUCCAGACUUGUUAAGUCAGGAACCACUUGUUGCACCUUCUGAAGAUGCAUGAAGCCAACAUUUGCUAGAUUUUAAUUAAAAAAAAAGAGACUGAUACCAUUCUGCUUACAUAAAACAUGAUGUAUACUAAAAUGUACAAAUAUCUAAUGGUUCUUACUUUCACAUGGUCGUAAUUUAGUUCUUGUUUCGAAAUG